CUCUGAACAUCGAGUGUUGGUAGUAAACAUGACUCAUUUACCUACGAGACUGUUGGUGUUAGUAGUUAUCUGUGUGGCUAUAAGUGAAAAUAGUGCGCGGUUUACUAGUGUAAUCGACGAGGGCAAUCUAAAGACAUAUGCAACAACGACGACAACAACUACAACAACGGGAAAUGGUGAAUCUAUAGAGAACAAGGAUGAAUAUACAUUAACAACAACUAAAACCGCUGAAGAACAAAACACUACAACUACGGAAAGAGGUGGCAUCGGAUACGAAGAGUCUGAGAAUGAGAAUAAAGAACAGGAGAAGGUUUAUCUUCAUUCAACAGAAUCCUCUGCCAUUGAAACGGCUGAAGAGGCAUACAGUGAAGAACCAGAUGGCAUACAAACCAAACAGCACGAACAGAAACACGACAUUGAUGUUAGCUUACAUACUAUGAAUGGACACACCGUAGCGACCAAUGACAAACAAAUCACAUCGAUGACUUCCAUUUCGAAUAAAACCAAUUUAAAUCCCGAACCGAUGACUUCUGAGGUACAGGUUGACGAUUUCAUGAAAAGCCGAGUAGCAUACCAUGAUGCUAUUGUUGCAGACGUAGGCCUAAGCGAAACAGAUCAUAUUAACCCCUCAAAGGAUUUUAAUUCUUUUUAUGACAAACCGAAUCUGGAAUCUGUAGAAGUACCAGAAAAAAUUACUAUAGAAGAAACCGCCGAUAUGUGGAAGGAAAGUACAGGUGAACGCGAUGAUAUUUUAAAAGUGCUUGAGGAUAACGAAGUAUUAACAACCAAUUCAACAAAUGUUAUAGAUGUAGAUAUCCCUGAAGUUAACAAACAUACAAUAGCAGACGUUUACCAAAGAGAAGAGUACAACGAUUUAUUGAAAGAACAAGAAAGAAGUAACUACAGUAAUUAUAACAAUUUAGAACAAUUACCAACAACACAGACGUCCAUUAUGUCCCAGCCAUCGACGAUAUCACCUGUUACCUACCACACGUUUAGCUCAUUGAAUGAGUCCCAAUCAAGUAAUAAUACUAUUGCUCAGCCAAAUGUUUCUAAAGAACACACAAGCCAAGACAUUGGAUUGGGAUUUGCCACAGAAAAAGAAUUUGAACCAAAAUAUGAGACAAAGCUUACUAAUCCUAGUAAUUCUAGUCAAAAUGAAUUUAAUGCUAACAAUCCAACAGCGGAAAGGUUUUUUGCAUUUGAAAUGGAAAAGCACAGCAAAGGCAAUAUUUCGGAUUAUAGACCUUAUCGCGAUUUAGAUACAGACCGUAAACCAACGUCGUCUCAAUCAUUUCGUGAUUUUAAGGAUAUUUCGGAAGAGGAUGUGAUUGAAACUCAAAAUCUUUUACCUGAUCACCCAAGUUUUAAGAAAGAAAAGAUCGAGCCUGGUCUUCUAUUCGAGGAGUGUGUUGACUGUGACUUUCGCAUUUUGCCGAUAAGACCAUCUGAGCAGCGUGACGCCCCUAAGAUGGAAGAAGAGUCACUAUCGACGCCAACCAUUAGAUUCCCUGAUCUCCCAGAGGGGAGAGAACUUCAGAUAUAUUCCCUAGAGCUCUCAGAGGGAUCAUUCUUGUUUGGAUACCUUGGCGAGUUUCUCUCUUGGAUACAACCAAAUGACUUCCCAGUAGAAUUACUGAGAGACGCAUUGCGAAGCCAAAUAACAUGGGUCAGCCUUAUUACUCAGUCACUAGAGGUGGAGGUGGGGUUUGUAGCGUUACUGGUUGUAGGGGUGUUGCUAGCCCUCGCUGUGCCUGUAGUAGUUCUGUCUCAUGCCUGCUACCGCAUCACCUCCAGUCAAGACGACGACGCCGACGAUAAGGUGGGCUGGGCUGGCAACUGCCGUCGUCGCACUCUCGUCUUCAUCCUGCAGAUCCUCCUUGUGCUUCUUCUGGGAGGAAUGGUGGCUAUGUUUGUCACUAAUGAGCAACUAUCUGAAGCUGUAGUGAAGAGCUCUGAUGUUGUCCAGACCUCCCUCAGUGAUGUUUCCACAUUCGUCCAUAACUCUCACCUUCAGCUACACUUUCUGGUAACUCAGUCUAUGGACCAGGUCCUCCAGGCCAUAUAUGCUGAUCUUGACAAUGUGGAUACACUGCUGGGUCGACCCAUACAACAGGAGAUGGUCAGAGAGACAGGCAUCGAUGUCGCGCUGGAGUCUCUCGCCGACCUGACCAGAGAGGCAAAGGAGACGACGCAGCAGGUUGAGCGCCUAUUGGAUGAGGUUCGAGUGGUCCAAGAGAUGGUCAUAUCCACCUCAGAGAAGAUGUCUGACCUACGACAGCAGGUGGAACUGUUUCGGCGAGCGUGUGGACCACGAGACCGAGCCUUGUGUGACACCAUCGACGCCACUGGCUUGGACGUGACUCUGCGGGUGGAUAGGCUCAAGAACGAUAACAGGUUACACCGCAUGCGCCGGAUGGGAGGUAUCGGGCUGGAGACGGCAUCAGCAGAAGCCAAGGCUCGCUUCACCUCGGUCCCUUCCAGGGUUGUGACUGAUACGAGAGACGCUAGGGAGGCGGCCCGGCGGCAACUAAUACGUCAGAGAGCGGAUGUGGACGACCGCAGCGUUGCACUGGAACGUUUAGUCAGGGACAUGACAGAGAAGGUGAGCGAGGCUAAAUACCAGUCAGGCUUCUGGAUGCAGGAUAUUAACCAGUUUGAGUAUUGGAGAUGGAUCAUCUGCAUGGGAGGAGGUGCGGCCGUGCUCAUGGUCUGGACGAUGUUAUUGUGUAGUCUUUGUUGUGGCUGCUGUGGUUCGGAGAAGGCUGCAGGUCCUACCAUCCUGAUGACGAUAGUUCUGGUGUGUCUACUGUCUACGGCAUUGUGGUCGGUGGCUCUGGUGGGGAUGUUGUUCGGUGGCCACGGGGAGGUGUUUGUUUGUCGACCUCUGUACGACGAGCCAGACUACCACGUGAUAACACGCCUGGUGGACCAGCCUGGAGUAUUCUACAGCCAGCCCAAGGGAGGGUUCAUAGCUAACGUCAUCUAUGGCAACGACACUCUGGACGUGCCUAUAAGACAUGUACUGGAGGAGUGUCGAGAGAACCAUGCCUUGUACCCGACUCUGGGGCUAGGGCGAGUGUUUGAUGUGGAGGCUGCUGUGGAUCAGAACCGAUGGUCAUCCGUCAGCAUGCAGCUGCGCUCAGUCAGAGCGAACCUCAGCAGUCUGGAGGUACUGAGUCCGGUGCUUCAGGAUCAGCUGGGCGAUCUGCUGACCACUCUGUCAGUCAACUUUACUGAGCAUCGCAUACAGAUGUCGCGUCCAGUGACAGGUAAGGACAUGGACUCGUUUGCUCGUCAGUUGGAUAACAUCGGCAACCAGAUGAGAGACCUGGCAGUGGCCUCUCGCAUGGAGACUCUCAGUACUCGCACCAGACGACUCAUAGACUCUCACAUCAGGCCGCUAGAGAGCAAGAAGGAUGCUUUAGUCUACCAACUGACGGCUCUCGAGGUGCAGACAGGGCCACUGCAGCGUCAAGUGAACCAGUCACUCUCCCAUCUCAAGACCAUCCAGUUCUUCAUCAACAGCCAAGGCGAAGCGAUUGCUCAACGUAAGAGUCGUCAGUACGUAGACCGGCUGCUGAACUACGUGGAUCAGCUGAGACGUCACGUGACCGACUCUGUCAGCUCCAACGUAGCUACUUGUCGACCUCUGUGGGACAUCUUCAAUACCACUAGGCUGUUCCUCUGUCGACACACCAUGGAUCCCCUGAACGGGUUCUGGUUCGCCUCCAUGUGGUGCCUGAUAGUUCUGUUGGUGGCGACGCCGGUGUGUCUUAAGCUAGUUGACUACUACAGGGCUCAGGGCUGCAGAUCCUCUGGAAGCCCGUCAGAAAACUUAGUGAUCUCCGAGCAAGGUGCAGCCUGGUCCUCUCCUGGGUAUGAUAUCAAAUAUUCCAAGGACCAAUGCAACGGGAACGGCCACUGCAAGCAAUGAUAACUGGUGACAUAUCUAGCCUCCAUCAAUCAUUAAUCUUAGACACAUUGUAAUAUCAAAGUAAUAAACUAAAUCCAAUUUUUAAGUUUUAUAUAUUUUUA